GGGCGGUGGGGGAGGGGGCUGUAUGUGUGUGAAGACGGACGAGGGAGCCAGGGAUGCUGGAGGUAAGGAAGACUUGUGGGUUGCAGAAGUGGGGGAGCAGAAAUGGGCAGCGAAGAGGCAGAUAUCUGGGGAAGGGAAACUGAGGAAGGAAAAAUCCCUUCUCCAAAAAGGGCGAGACUGGUGGUGGUGGUGGUGGUGAGUUGUAGAAAAGACAGCGCUUAGGGUGUGGUGAACCCUCUGAGCAAUUUUCUCUUCCAAAGAUAAUCUUUGAGUCACCGUAUUAAAUUUAAUUAAAACCUUCCUAGCCACACACAUUUUAGAAAUUCAAUUAAAUUACCCCCACGUCUUUGUAGGACUUCUGGCAGGGCCAAAGAAUACUUCCAAUGUGAAGGUUUGAUUUUCACCAACAUCAACUCACCCUGCUUGCCCUAAAGGGGUCAAACUACUGGCUCUUUCAAUCCUCCACCCCUGGGAGAGGCAGGCCUAUUUUCAAGAACCCUUAACCCCCAGGCUGUGUCAGGAAGGUGGGGUCCAUGAGCAUUGGCCAACACUGGAGCCUUUCCAAACUCUCAUUCCUCUCUCCAAAUUGCUCCAGUUUAAGAACUUGCCUAUUGAAAGAUUAGCUUGUUAAUUCUCUCACUCUCUCCCAAGCCUCCAUUUGUGUGUUCAUCUUGACUCCUUCUCUUCCUAUUUGGAUGAGGGAGGAGAAAUGCAAAGGAAAAAUACCAAAUGGCCUCACGGAGAUCUUUUUUACGGGAGUUGAAACAGGCGACCUGAAAUGAACUUUGAAUCCAUACAUUAAGCUUAGCUCAUGAGUAAAUGCCUAGAGAGACUCAGUAAUUAUAACACUGGGGCAUAGGCCUAUUUUGGGUCCUUAAAUGACUGUUGUAUUAUGAGAUGUCAUUAUCUGCUCUUCCAAGCAUUUACUAUAGGAGGUACACUGUGGGCGUUUUUCCUUCCAGGAUGGAGAUAACCUGAGAGUUUCUGUAAAGAUGCCUUUUGAAACAUGGCCAGAAGAGACAAAGGUUUAAUAUCAAAUUUCAAAUAGAUUUAACCCAGGGUUUUGACUAAACCAAUUGGGUGAAGGUCCCUAUUUUUGCUUAGUCCUUAGGUGAGUUUCUCUGCAGUGUCAGGCCAGGAAGGAAUUCCUGGAGUCCUGAAGAGACAGAUGUCAAAGCCUGAACUGAAGAAUCCAUCUCCUUCUGUUCCAGGACAGAACGUUAGCAAAUUUAGGUAUAGACUGGAGCAGCCCAAGGUCCUGGGCUAGAAGGACCAGGAUGGGGAAGAAGUGGCCUCUGCCAUUCUGGACCAAGCUGGGUGCCUUGGGGAGUUCUUUCUUGACCUCUCCGUACUAGGAGGAUACCACCCUACCAACUAGGCUGGAGCCCUGUCUCAGUCUGUAGACUUGAAUUGGGAGGAAGGGGAGUCACCUGACCCACCUCUGCAGGACCCUAGGAAGCUGGAGAAAGGGAGAAGCGUGUUGUAGGCAAUCCACCAGAUUCUAAUCCUGGAGAGACAAACCCAAGAAAAUCUCACUAUUUUAAAUGCCUGCUUGAUCUGCUCCUGAACCCCCUUGUGUGGGUGAUGGGGGUAGGCAAAAGUGUUACUGUAUUGAUGAGAACGAUUCUUCGGGGGGAGGGGGAAGCUAUUGUUUUGUAUUUAAAGGACAGUUAAAGCUCUGAAAGGUAUGUCGCCGGCUUUGACCAGCCCAGCCCAGCACCUCUCUCAGGGUUCUAUCUUCCCCAAACCUGCUGGGUUGUGUGGACCAAAAUCUUGGCCCCAAGAGGUGGAGUGGUCAUUUCUAGGCCCUGGAGCUUCCAAAGCUUUUGUAGAAAUGAGGGUAUCUCUGACACUUGGGGGAGCAAAUAAAGCAGAUGGAGUGUGCAGUAGGGUGGGGAUCCGGGCGCUGGCCAUACAGGCAUUUAGGGGUAAGGUUCAGGGAAGGGGCCUCUUACUCAGGCCUGCUCUCUGGGGCCCAGGUGCCCAAAGCCAUGCUUUCAGUUUUCCCCGUGCCAGCCUCAUUCUCAGGCCUCAAAAGGAUCCCACAUGAAACCCCACACUCUCUCUGGAACCAGAGCUGACAAAAUAUGGGAAUGAUGGAAAAUCAAAACAGGGGCGUGGCCGACUGACUCCUAUCCGAAUGAGACUUUUUUCGGGUGGGGGCUGGAUGAAGAGAAGACUCUGGCGAAAAGUCGAGCUGGAGAGGAUGAGCUGAAUCAAAUUUCUGCUCUGUCAUUUUUUUCCCAAGUAAUGACCUACGCAAAAUUCAAUAUGACCCAGCGAACUGCGCGAGCAUAUUAUAGUAACUGCCUGCUCGUGGGGGAGGCCAGCAGAGGGGUGAACCGCAGGUCACGGCGUCUAAAAAUUAUUAAAAUGUUUGAGAGCCUCGUGACGCGCCUAGCUGUUUAACAAAGACUGCCAAAGUAUGAGAUUAACACGAAAACUUGCGCUUCCAAAACAAAAACACACCAAAAAAAAAGUCACGUUCCGGCUUCUGAGGGAGCCCGUGGCUCUGUCCGCCGCCGCGGUCCGGUUUUCCGGACACACAAUAGUGGACAGGAGAGAGCUCAGCUGUUGCCCAGCGCGUCCGCGGGCGGCUCGGCGGCCGGCGGGGCUGGGGAGCCUCCCGCAAAUCUCCUCGGACCGGCUGUUGGGGGAAAAAAGUGUUAGCCGUCUCUCCCGGAUCUGCAAGGGGGAAAAAAUUUGGAACCAUAAAGUUGAAAACUUUUUUCUCUCAGUUUGGAAGAAGCCCUUCGUCAUGAAUGGGAUCCGCAGAGUUCGGGCGAGAGGAGGCGAGAGGCGCAAAGGAGGGGAGAUUUGUCGCCUGCCGCUCGCUCUGGGGCUCGAUGUGAAUAUAUAUUAUGUCUGCCUGUUCUCCCCUCGUCGGUGGCUAAGGCCUCACCCAGCGAUGCAGAAAGCCACCUACUACGACAACGCCGCGGCUGCUCUCUUCGGAGGCUAUUCCUCGUACCCUGGCAGCAAUGGCUUCGGCUUCGAUGGCCCCCCCCAACCCCCAUUUCAGGCCGCCACGCACCUGGAGGGCGACUACCAGCGCUCAGCUUGCUCGCUGCAGUCCCUGGGCAACGCUGCCCCACAUGCCAAGAGCAAGGAGCUCAACGGCAGCUGCAUGAGGCCGGGUCUGGCCCCCGAGCCCCUGUCGGCCCCGCCCGGCUCACCCCCGCCCAGUGCCGCACCUACCAGUGCCACUAGCAACAGCAGUAAUGGGGGCGGGCCCAGCAAAAGUGGUCCCCCAAAGUGCGGUCCCGGCACCAACUCCACCCUCACCAAACAGAUAUUCCCCUGGAUGAAAGAGUCGAGGCAAACGUCCAAGCUGAAAAACAACUCCCCCGGCACAGCAGAGGGCUGUGGUGGCGGCGGCGGCGGAGGCAGUGGUGGCAGCGGGGGCGGUGGCGGCGGCGGCGGGGGAGGGGACAAGAGCCCCCCGGGGUCGGCGGCGUCCAAGCGGGCGCGGACGGCGUAUACGAGCGCGCAGCUGGUGGAGCUGGAGAAGGAGUUCCAUUUUAACCGCUACCUGUGCCGGCCUCGCCGUGUAGAGAUGGCCAACCUGCUGAACCUCAGCGAGCGGCAGAUCAAGAUCUGGUUCCAGAACCGGCGCAUGAAGUACAAGAAGGACCAGAAGGCCAAGGGAUUGGCCUCGUCGUCGGGGGGCCCAUCUCCAGCCGGCAGCCCCCCGCAGCCCAUGCAGUCCACGGCCGGCUUCAUGAACGCCUUACACUCCAUGACCCCCAGCUACGAGAGCCCGUCCCCACCCGCCUUCGGUAAAGCCCACCAGAAUGCCUACGCGCUGCCUUCCAACUACCAGCCCCCUCUCAAAGGCUGCGGCGCCCCGCAGAAGUAUCCUCCGACCCCUGCGCCCGAGUAUGAGCCGCACGUCCUCCAAGCCAACGGGGGCGCCUACGGGACGCCCACCAUGCAGGGCAGUCCGGUGUACGUGGGCGGGGGCGGCUACGCGGAUCCGCUGCCGCCCCCUGCCGGCCCCUCCCUCUAUGGCCUCAACCACCUUUCCCAUCACCCUUCCGGGAACCUGGACUACAACGGGGCGCCCCCUAUGGCGCCCAGCCAGCACCACGGACCCUGCGAACCCCACCCCACCUACACAGACCUCUCCUCUCACCACGCGCCUCCUCCUCAGGGUAGAAUCCAAGAAGCGCCCAAAUUAACACACCUGUGAUGGGAAAGGGCGAACGAGGAUUAGGGGAUGGGGAGGAAGAGAGAGACUGUGGAGCUCUGGGGGGCAGCCUGGAGGUCUGAAUAGAGGAGCCAGAGAAGGUGGUACCCAGGCUUCCUGGUCAGAACCGGCCUGGAGCUCCUUCCCCUCCCCCUGGCCUGAGAGGUUGCUUUUAAGUCUUCCACCCCUUAUUCCAUCUGCCUGCCAACCCAUCGGAAAGGAAUCCACAUCAUAUUGGAGAUGACCCCAUCAACCCCAGGGCUCCAGCACUACCAAGUUGGAAUUCCACGCCCGGGAGUGGGGUAGAGGAAGACGAGACAGGACGAAGCAGAAAAGCACAUUUUAAAAACCAGACAAGAUGGCUAGGCCAUCACCAACCAACGGACUUACCUUACAUCUUUGUAGGUAAUUCCCCCCAAAUCUUGAUUUUUUUUUCCUCAAUUAUCCUUUAAAAAAUAAGAAAACACAUUUCAAACCCAAAGGGCACAAAACACGUUCCCUUCCAACUUUCCCAAAACCUCAAAUUUGUUCCCAUUUAUUUGAAGUUUAUUGAGGUACCUACCCCCUCCACUUCUAGCCCCCGGUUUUUCUGCUCUAGAACAUUCAUAUCUAUACAUCCCACCCCCAUCAAUUACAGUUUUUAGAGGGCUCAGGGAUGGUGAGAGAUCCUGAAAGAGCUGCCUAUAUUAUAAAUUAUAUACAUUUUUUUUUAAAGGAAAAGUGUGGAGGCUAGGGCAGGCAGGUUGUUAGGACUGAAGGUUUGCCCAUUCUGCUGCCUCCAUCUCAGCUCCAGCUCCAUCCCCCUCUCCACAGAAAGCAGUUGGUGACACGAGGUUCUAUACUUUUCUUCUGUUGCUCUCUUGACUUAACGUGAAAACAGGGUAUAUUUGAACAAACUGUCCCAGGCAGGGGCUGGGCAGGGCCUGUGUGCCUUGCUCAGCCUCCUGACAGGACACUUUUGUUGCACUUAGAGUUUACAUUUUAAUGGAUGUAAAAACAACUGUGAGAGAUGUCUGGGCCUGCAGAAGUCCAGCAUUGCUCAAAAAAGUGUGUGUUCUAGUGAACAUUUUCAUAUAUAUUUAUUGGUUAUAGCCUGUUAAAAUAUUUUCUUUUUUGUAUUAUUUAUCCCCCUACAUUAUGUAUUUAUAUGAGGGAAAAAAAGGAAAAAAUUGUACUUUUUUAGUAUUUACCUGUUACAAAGGACAUUGUGUUUCCUGUCAUGUAAAACCAGCUAUUUUAGUUACUAUUGUACUCUAGAAAAAGAGCUGUAGAUUUAUGUUAAACUCGUACUUAUGAACAAUUGUAAUUAGUUCUAAAAGGCAUGAACUCAGCUCCUAAUCGUCACUGUAUAGUCCUGAAUUUGUAGAACUAGAGUUAAUUCCCUCUUGGAACUUUCUUUGUUCUUCAGUAGUUACUUUUUUCCUUACCUAAAAGGGUUGUCUGUCAAACAAUUCUUGAAUAAACUUUCUGUUAUCAAUUUUA